UCCCUCCUCUCCUCACCUCUCCUAUCUCUCUAAUAUUCCUCUCUUGAGCGAAUUCGCUUUCGCAUCCUUCGUCUUUCGCUGCGGGUUUCUACCCCCUCAUUUCUCUUUUUCGUAUCGAAGACGAGGUAACAAGAACAAGCUUUUUCGUCAUCCGAUGAGAUCGCCGUGAAUCGAUAACCGCGUUUUCUUUCUUUUUGGAUCUUGUUAUCAUGUGGACUUGGAUGUCGUGUGGAACGAGUCGUAUUUUGGGUUGUUGUUUUCACUUGCAUUUUUGGGUAGCUAGGUUUGGACGACCUCUGCAGUUCUUUUGCCAACCCGACUCCUCGACCACUAAUGCUUCUUGGUUUCUCAUGUGGAUUUCGUACGAGCCGUACCACUACGGAACAAUGACGGGGGAUCAAAUGAUGGAUUGUUCGUCUUAUAAUUUCUCGGGAAAAAGAAAUUCCUUUUUGAUUUUUUUUGGGAUUUCUCUUUUUUCGGAUUUGAUCGAAUCCAAAUUUGGUAAAAGAAGCAUUUUUUUCUUUUCAGAUUCUUUGGCUUCAAAUAUUCUUCUCGCAUGACACACUAACUGGUUGUACUGUUAAAAGGUACCUAAUAUUCUUUAAUUUAUCGGGCGUGAGAUUUCUGUUGGUUUGCUGUUGUAGUUGAAUUGCUCCUCAACGUUUAGCGUGGCUUGUUUUUAGCUUUUGCCCUUUUCGCUAUUGGUUUCAGAUAUCAGCUUGGAGAGUUUUAUGUUACUAGCGGUCUCCAAGAUCAUUAGAAGUUCUAUUUAUAACUACCCUUCUGUAGAUUAUGAAACUGGGAUUAGUGAACUGAAAGAAUUUGAAUAUUUGGGUGAUUAUUAAGUGGGCAAUUUUAUUGAAAUAAGAUCAACAAUGUUGAUUAAUAUUUACAUAUAAGCAAUUUGAGUUUUAGAGCUUAGCUUUAACCAUAUCUGUCUGUUUUUGUUAUGAAAUCUGGUUUACAAAUGCACUAUAUAGGACACAUUAUUGAUUCACAAAUGUGCAACUUGAGUUCUUUUUUGUUUAAUGCACUUUAAACCUAACCAGUUUUAACCAUCCAAGUAGUUAAAAUUUUAGUGUGUUUUAUUUGGAAAAUGCUGUUAUUGGUCAAAACUUUCAAGAGUAUGCUGACAACACCAACAUGAUGAAAAUUUUCGUUAAAGAAUAAUAUCAGUUUUCUCAAAUCAGCAUUUGAUUUGACUGGUUGGCAGCUGAAAGUGAGGAAGCAUGAAUCAUCUCUGUGAUUUUUGUGGGGAACAAAGAUCUAUCAUCUACUGCAGAUCUGAUGCUGCUUCUUUGUGCUUGUCAUGCGACCGCAAUGUCCAUUCUGCAAAUGCACUUUCUCGGCGCCACUUGCGCACUCUUUUGUGUGACAGAUGCAGUGCACAACCAGCUGUUAUUAGGUGCAUUGAAGAAAGUGUUUCACUUUGUAAAAAUUGUGAUUGGAAUAGUCAUGAUGGAUCAGGGGUAGCUUCAGGGCACAAAAGGCAGACAAUAAACUGCUAUUCAGGUUGCCCAUCAGCAGCAGAGCUUUCGAGAAUUUUGCCCUUUUUUCAGGAGUUCCCUCCUGUAGCUGAGCCUGACUGUGAAAAGGGUUUAGGCUUGAUGACCAUCAGUGAGAACAACAUUAGUAACUGCUGGGGACGUCCAGAAAGCAACAGUACCUUGGGUAUUUCCAGUGAAGGGAAGAUGAAAGAUCCAAUAGUUGUAGAUAAGCUCAAUCCCCUGACUGGAUCAUCUUCAGGGCCUGCAAUAUGUCCUUUGCCCUCUACUGCUGAUCAGACAGCUGGUUCAGUGGAUUCAACUAUACCUAAGCUAGAUUGUGUUGGGACUAAAGAUUUCGAAUUCAGCAAAGAUGAUUUCUGUGAGGAUUUCAAUGUGAAUGAUGUCGACAUGACAUUUCAAAGCUAUGAACACCUUUUUGGCGUGUCUCAUAACCAAAUAAAUCAUAUUUUUGAUGAUGAUGAUGGCAUAGAUAGUUUUUUUGAUUUGAGGGAAACUUCUGCUGCCAAUUCGAACCACCAGGAUGAAUUUUUUGGAGAGGCAUCAUCUGCUGGGCAGCCUAACCCUAUGCUGGCAACACGUAGUAAUGCAGUUUCUGCUGAUUCGGUGAUGUCAAAUCAAGGAAAAAAUGCAGAUUCGAGACUGUUUAUUUCUGCAAGCCAUGCGCACUUCAGUCUAUCCCUUUCAUUUUCUGGUUUGACUGGUGAAAGUGGUGCCGGAGACUAUCAAGAUUGUGGGGGAUCAUCAGUGCCUUUUAGGGGUGAACCUCCAUGGUUCCCAGCGGAUCCUGAGAAUUCCCAAUUGCCUACAGCUAGCAGGGAUAGUGCUGUGAUGCGUUACAAGGAAAAGAAGAAAGCACGCAAGUUUGAGAAAAAAAUUAGGUACGCUUCUCGCAAGGCUAUGGCAGAUGUGAGGAGGCGUGUAAAGGGGAGGUUUGUCAAAGCUGGUGAAGCGUAUGAUUAUGAUCCACUUGCACAGACAAGAAGCUUUUAAGAGCAUGGUCAAUGAUAAAUAAUUUGGGAAAAUGAAAACUGACAUAUAUCACGCUUCCCUUGCAAGUAAUGUGCUUCCUUUGGGAAAACAAAAGCCAUCAGGGCAUGUUCUUGAAGUAUGAGUUCUCCAUCACCAUCUUGCCCAGCAUUCUGAUCUGGUAAAAACUGGUCUUCAUAUUCAUUCUGAUAGGCAAUGGUGUGUACAUAUUCUACAAUUUGGGUAAAGCCAGUGCAUAAUUUUCUAUUCCGCCUCAAACUAACCGAACAGUAUUUUCCUUGAACCUCAACCCCCUUACUUUGAGUUCCUUCCUUCCCGUCUUCUUCCUCACUUAUUGUUUCAGUAUAUUCUUCUGAUUCUCCUCAGGAUCGGUAGCCAUGCUAUGCAUGACCUGCUGCAGCAUUCUGCUCCCAGUUUAGGUUUCCAAUUCAGAUCUUUGGAUAUCGCUCUAACUUUUUUCAUGUUGAAUUUGUGGAGCAUACUCUUGUAACUGACAGACAGUUCUUUGUAUCAGUUCACAUGUAAAAGAGGAUCAUUUAUGUAAUAAGAUUCUUGGAGAGUCUGUAAAAUUGGUUUGUGUGCCAAUGACUGUAGAAACAUAAUAUAAUUGUCACACUAUUCAUA